AUGAGUUCCGAGGGUCCAAAGAUAUCUAGUGGGUCAACCAAAAAGAAUCCGCUCAAACAACUAUUUAACAAGUUUAGGGUAGGGUUGCACCAGUUUUCGAGAGAGGCUCUGGAAAGUGACUCUGUGGAAGAAGUUGGAUCCGUUAACGAGUUAUUUGAUAGCGGGAACAACAGAGGGAAAAGCGGAGCGGUGCAACAGGAACAGCGUCGAAGUGAAGAAAGAAAUAGCAGCACAUCCGUAACGCUGAACCGGGAGAUUGCUCUCACGGACGAGGAUGAAGACGACGACGAAUUAGAGCGGGACUCUAACGGCGAAGAGGGCUCCGGCGAUGCUGGGCGGAAAGACCAGCAAACUUUUGCAACAUACAACGCAGUGGAGGAAUGUGUCAAACUGCGAUCGAAGUUUGGAGAGCCGUUUGUGCAGGCAGACCGGAUCUGGCGCAGACGUCGCGAGCUAUGGUGCAAACCCACUGAUAACGCACAGCUCGCAGUGGCUGCUAGGAAUCGCGAACGCUUCGAAGAGAUAGCUCCGCGCCAUUACGUUCGCGUGUACCGGAAGUUGGUGGUUGACGGAGUACCUCUCAAACGGGCCUUGAAUUUGCAGGACGCCGUGCGGGUCAUUAAUGCCGGCUGGGUAGAAACUCAAAAAUGGGAAAGGGCUGCGAAAGGGUUGGCAUGA